CCUAAUGGCGAAAGAAUUAACAUGCACUUGACUUGACAACCAUGAGGAAAGAACGAGGAAAGUUUUCGGGACCAUAGUGUUUCAUGUUGCUUCUGAUUGUUGGCUGCGAAAAUGUUUGAGUCCCAGGUUGCGUACUACCUGGAUCGAUACCUUGGCCAGUACCUGAAUGGUCUGGAUGCAGCGGCACUCCGAAUUUCGGUCUGGCGUGGCGAUGUCGAGCUCAGCAACCUUUCGCUGAAGCCGGAAGCGCUCGCGGACCUUGACUUGCCAGUGACAGUCAAGGCGGGCUUACUCGGAAAGCUCACGCUCAAGGUGCCAUGGAAGGCGUUGGGUCGGGAGCCGGUCGUCGUGGAGUUUGACCGCCUCUACAUCCUAGCCGGACCCAAGGAGCAGCAGAGCGCGCAGCCAUGCAAGAUGUCCGUGUCAGAGUACGAGGCGGAGACUGUGGCUGCGGAGUUGGAGGCCAAACGGCGCCGCGUGCUGGCGGCGGAGACGGCAUGGCUGCAGGAGCUGCAGGCCAAGCUGGCGCUCAAGGCGGCGCAGCUCAAGGGCCAGCUGCAGAAGCAGGCGGCGGCGGCCAAGUCCGAGGGCGGCGGGGGGCUGUUCAACCUGCAGGCGCUGAUGCACACGGUGCUGGGCAACCUGCAGCUGCGCCUCACCAAUGUGCAUAUCCGUUACGAGGACGGGCUGUCGCUGCCGGGCCAGCUGCUGGCGGCGGGCGUCACCCUGGAGCGUGUGUCGGCACACACGGUAGACGAGGCCGGCCGGGAGACCUUCGUCACGUCGGGGGUGCUUCAGCUGCUGCGCAAGGCGGUGGUGCUUCAGGAGCUGGGGGUGUACUUCGACGUGGGCCGCCCCUUCUUGGUGGCGCCCCGCGCCGACUGGUCCUCACUGGUCAUCUACGAGUGGGACGCGCUGUUCCUGCCCGCACGCCACGCCCCCGGCAGCUCUGUGCACCCGCACCACUUCCUGGUGAUGCCCAUCACGGGACUCAUGAACUACGUGCGCAGGAGCAGCAAGACGCUGGCGGCCUCCGCCAGUGCCGCGGGCGCCACCAGUGCCGCGGGGCCACUGCCCAAGCAGGAGGGCCGCAUUGCGCUGCGCUCCGUGAGCCUGGCGCUCAGCCGGCAGCAGUACGUGGGUAGCCGGGCGCUGCUGGAGACACUGGACCGCUACACGGCCAACAGCCCAUACAGGGCCAUCAGGCCAAAGGGCCGGCCGGCGGAGGGCGAGGCUGCACGUGUGUGGUGGCGCUACGCCUUCUUGGGGGUGCGCACGCAGCUGCGGGGCAGCCGGGUGGCCUGGACGCAGCUGCGCACCGCCUGCCUGCUGCGCAAGGCCUACGUGCCCGCAUACGUGCGCUGCCUCGAGGCGGCGUCAGCGGCGGCGGCCAAGGGCAGUGGUGGCAAGGGCCAGGGCGCCGGGCAGCCGGGUGCGCCCACUGCGGGUCUGGGCGGUGACGCGGCCAUUGCGGCUAUGGACGCGCAGCUGCCGGAGAGCACCAUCCUGCUGUUCAGGCGUAUGGCCCACGCUCAGCUGCAGCUGAAGCAGGAGAGGGGCGGCACCGGACUGCCCUCUCGCGGCGCCAGCACCACCUCGUCGUCCGCCUCACUGCUGCAGCAGCAGCCGGGGCAGCAGGCCGCUGCAGCGCCAGCUGGCGCACCUGCCGCAGCGCCCGCACAGGAUCGCACCUGGAUCGGCUGGUGGCGCGGCACCAACAAGGCUGCCGCAGCGGCGGCAGCAGCACCUGCCUCGCCCGGCGGUGCGCCCGCUUCGGGCUCGGUGUCGGGCGGGUCGGAGGUGGUGAUGGGCCCCAGCACCGCGACCCUCAGCCCGGAGGAGUGGGGCCGCCUGCAGGAGCUGCUGCAGCAGCAGGAGUUUGCAGACGACGACGACGACGACGCGGGCGGUGGUCGCGACGGGCCCUACACCCUGCGCACACUGCUGGAGGUGGCUGUGGAGCGGGCCUCCUUGGAGCUGAGGGGCGAGGUGGGGCAGGUGGGCGCAGUGCCCGGCACCGACCGGCCGCGGCCCAUCCUGCUGGCCUCCAUGCGGGGCCUGGGUGUGCGGGUGCUCAACUACCCCACCGCCCUGGCGCUCAACGUGCGGCUGGGCUGGGCGGGCGUGGAGGCGCCGCAGGGCAUGCUGCUGUGCACUGGCCAGCUGGGCGCGGCGGAGGGGCUGGGCAUGGGGCUAGGCGGAAGGGUGGCGGCUGGAGGCGGCGGCGAGGGAGGCGCUGUGUUCGGCGGUGUGGGCGGCGGGCUAGGUCGGUCCGGGCCGCCCACCCGCACCGCCACACCCGCUCUGCGAUCCAGCACUCCGGGUGGGUCGUUGAAGCCAGUGGCCUCCAGCGCCGCACUGCCCGCCACAGCACCAGCCGAGGCGGACGGGCGGGCUGCAGCCCAGCCGUCUGAGCCGCUGCCGUGUGCCUUCAUGCUGGACUUCAUGAGGCGGCCGCAGGACGGCUCUGCUGACGCGGUGGUGAGUGUGCGGCUGGCGCCCAGCUACGUCACCUACAACGGCGCGGCGCUGCGGGCGGUGGGCGCCUUCUUCAGCAGCAGCCAGCAACUGGGCAUCGGCACGCUGCAGGCCCAGGCCGCCGCCCGCGCCGCCCAGCUGCAGCGGCUGGCGGCCCUGCGGCUUAAGGCGCUGUCGGCCGAGCGGCCGCGGCUGGCGGUGGCGGUGGUGAUGCACGCGCCCAAGGUGGCGCUGCCGGACAGCAAGGGUCGCGCCACGCUGCUGCUGGACCUGGGCUGCUUCAGCCUCAGCUCCGCCACACCCGACAGCCAGGGCCUAGCUGCGGACGGCGAGGAGGCGGGUCUGUACGAGUGCUUCACGCUAGGGCUUGAGCGGCUGGAGGCGGGCCUGGUGGGGGGAGCCUUUGCAUGGCCCUCCACACAGCCGCCGCAGGAUGAAGACGGAGACGAUGGCGCCAGUGGCGACGGCGGUUUGGCUAGUGGUAUGACGGCUGCGGCCAUGACACGGUGGGGCCCCGCCGCUCGGGCGGUGCAGACGGGCGGGGCUGCCUCGGACGCGCUGUUCGGACCCAUACCGCAGAAGCCUUCGGCGGCAGCGGCGGCGGCGGCAGCAGCAGCACAGACUGCAAGCCGCGAGCAGCCGCAGGGUCUGGCUAUGGUUGCGGGCAUGACUGCCAAUGAGGAACAAGAGGCAGCGGCAGACGAUUCAGCGGCCGGGGCCGGCCGCACGGAGUCCCCACAGCCCCGCAAAACGGCCAGUCGGGCGAGCAGUGCGUGUGGCAGUAGCCAUGGAGGAGGGACGGAGGAGGAGGGCGAGGAGGGCGGUGCUGCGGUGCCCGGUGUAGCCGACAUGGGCCAUCACGGUGGUCUGGCGGACCUGUUGCGUCAGCUGGCGCUGCACCGGGCGGCGGCGGCGGCACUGCAGGGCAAGGGUUCCGCCGCCGCCGGCGCCUCUGACGAGCCUCCACCUGAGCUGGUGCCGCUGCUGUCCCGCUUCGGCGUGAUUGCGGCGCUGCAGGUGGCCACUGCGCCGCACCCCCGGCUGCCGGCUGUCCGCACCCGGCUGGAGGCCUCGCCGCUGGUGUUCCGCUUCAGCCCCUGGCGCUUCCACCGCCUCAUGGCCGUCAUCAACAGCCUGGUGGCCUCACUCAGUAGCGGCAGCAGUGGCGGGGGGACAGGCGGAGGCGCAGCCGACGGAGCGGCCGGCUGCAAAGAGGCCCUUCAGGUGCGGCUGCCGCUGUGGGUGACGGACGCCGAGUACACCGCCCCCGUACAGCUGCUGGUGUGGGAGGGGGUGGGCGGUCGGGUGGCCAAGUGGCAGCCCCGGCAGCUGGUGGUGUGGCGCGGCCGCGUGUACCUCAGCCGCAGCCCCGGCAGCGGCGUGGUGUCUGAGAGCCGCAGCUACUGGCGCGGCUGGCGGCUGGUGGAGCUGCCGCCCGAGGAGGUGGGCGGGGCCGAGUGUGCGGUGGCGAUGGUGCCGGAGGGCGUGCGGCGCGAGGCGGCGGCGGAGGCGCCUGAGGGCCUGGUGCUGCGGCUGUCUGAGGCGCGGCAAGUGGCUGAGCUGCGCCGCAAUAUGAUGCGGUCGGCGGCCCUGGUGGAGGCGGUGGCGGGAUACAUGGCCACGGACGCGCACAUUGAGUCGCCUGACUCACCCAACGCCACGACCGGCACAGCAGCAGGCAGUGGUGUGGGCGGCAGCGGCUCCGUGGGCGUGACUCGCGACCUGCUGGAUGAGCUGCUGGCGCACAGGGACGUGUUCCAGCUGUCCGGACGACUGCCCGCACUCACACUCAAGGUGUCAGGCAGGCCGCCCAGGGCAUGGAGGGCUGUUCGGCGGCUGGCGGCUGCGGAGCCGCUGUCAGCGGGUGGCACGGCAGCGGCUGCUGGCGGCACGUACGGCGAUGGCCCGGGGCCAGCUGCGGAGGUGCUGGGAAACAUGUAUGCACAGCAGCAGGGUCCCGAGUCACACGCUGGCACGGACGUGGAGGGCAGCGUCGCCGGGGCCCGCGGCCCGGUCGGCACCACCACCGGCACUGGCGGCGGCUCCACCUCAUCGCUCAGUGAGGCGGGGGUGCCCUCCGCGCCUGCGUCUGUGCUGUCAGCCUCGGCCAGGACCACCCGAUCCAGUCGCCUGGCGGGUGGGGGCCAGCUGCCGCCGCGUCCGCCGCCGUCAGUGGCCUGGGGGCCGGAGGGACCUGGCGACUCGGCGGCUGGGGGGCUGGCGGAGCCGGACGCGGACCCGGGGGAGGGCGGCGGCGAGGAGGGCGAUGAUGCUUUCGAGGACGCGGAUGACUACAUGGAUGAGGAGGACAGCUCGGAGGCAGAUGAGGAUGAGGAGGACGAACGAUUCAGCAGCGACGCCGCCAGCGGACAGCGGAGCCCGGGCCGGCGGGGCCACAGCACUGCCGUCGCCGCUCUGGAGGCCCUGCGGCACCUGUCUCUGGACCAGGAGACGCCGCUGCUGAGUGUGGCUCUGACUGAGGCUGACGUGGCGCUGCAGUACAGCGCCGACCGACUGGCGGUGGGGCUCACCAUGCAGGCACUGCGCAUGGAGGAUGAGCUCAUGGGCGCCGCACUGGGCCGCCAGUUCGCAGUCAUGGCGCUGUCCUCCUCAGGCCCGACCGCGCCGCCAGCAUCAGCUGGGGCCACCGCCCCUGGCGCUGACCCCGCCGGUGCUGACAUCCCCAGUGAGUCAGCGCACCCAUCCGCCAUUAACUGGCAGCCGGUGCCCAUCACCACCGCGGGCCAGGAUGCCAGUGCCGGUGCCGCCAGUGGCAGCGCUGGGCCUGCCGCUGUGGCGCCGCUGGCGCAGUUCAGCUUCAUCAGCAACUCCUCCAGCUCCGACCGCUACAAGGGUCUGGACUCGGAGCUGGGUCUGCAGCUGGCGGGUCUGACGCUCAUGUGCCACCGCCCCACCAUCGCCGCUCUCAUGGGGCUGGGCUCGGACAUGGGGUACGCCACCGCGCUGCUGUCCGCCGAGAGCGGCACGCAGCAGCAGGCCGGUGCCGCGCAGCUUGCCACAUCUCCUGCCCCUCCUGCUACGGCUGCUGGUGCUGCUGCUGGCAUCACCGCCCCGGCACAGGGCGCAGGUGCAGGUGCAGGUGCAGGCAACGACGGCCCUGUUCGUGCGGGCGGCGAUGGGCGCACGCUGCUGCGGCUGCACAUCAGCAUGUCCCGCCUGCAGCUGGUGAUGCCGUACGAGGUGCUCAGCGCCCACCAGCGGGUGGAGCCGGGGCUGACGCACCAGCAGGUGGUGCUGACGCCGCGGCAGUUCGCACAGGCGGCCAUGGACAAUUUUAGCUUGCGACUGGACGUGCGGCCGACCUCGCUGGAGCUGUCCACCAGCCUGGGCAACUUCACAGCGCAGUACGGCGCACUGGCGGAGGAGUCACCGUACAGGACCAUAUGCAGCCUGCGGCCGGGCAGCAGCGCGGGCUCGCUGAUUGAGGUGGUGUUCAGGAUGCACUCUGCCGCGGAGGCCGCCGCUGAGCCGCGUGUGCCGGCCGGCGCCGCCUACUCGUCCCUGGUGGCCCGGCUGAGUGCGGUGCAGGUGGUGUACAUGGGGCGCUUCCUGACCGAGCUGCUGGCUUACAUAAAUGGUCUGCUGUCCAUGCAGCCGCGGGCAAGGCCGCCCCUCAGCCCCGCCACACCACCGGCCCCAGCCGCCACUCCGGCCACACCUGCCCCCGCGGCGCCGGCGCCUGCACCUGGCGCCCCUGCCCCUGCCGCCAGCCCCUUCGUGCUGCUGAUGGACGUGCAGGCGGCGGCGCCCGUCAUCACCCUGCCCCAGAGCAGCUCCGCGGCGCAAUACCUCACCGCGGACCUGGGGCACCUGGUCCUGCGCAACACAGUGGGCUGGAGGCACUGCGGCGGCGCGGUGGCGAUGGCGGGAGCUGGCGCCGCGCCAGGCGUCUCCGUGCCCGCUGUGUCGGAUGCCACUGGCGCCGGUGUGCGGCCGCUACCCAUGGUGUCAGGUGGCGGCGCUCCACCCUCCGCUGGGGACGCCGUCGGCAGCAGCGACAGUGGCGGCAGUGGUGGCGGCUGGCGUGUGCUGAUGGACGAGAUGGUGGUGCGGCUGCGGGACAUGAGCCUGGUGGUGGGGGCGGGUGGUGGGGUGCCGCCCGGUCAGAACAUCAUUCGUGACGUGGGUCCGUCCGGCCUUGGGCUCACUCUGUACCGGCCACUGGCAAUCAGUGGCGGCGGCAGUGACGGUGGCAGUGGGGCUGGCAGCUCGGACCAGCCAGCUGGCAGCCGCCAGCCGCCCAUGCCGCCACUGCAUGCGGCGGUGAGCAUCCCCCGGCUGGGCGCCGUCAUCAGCGAGCUCGAGUACCGCCGGCUGCUGGCGGUGCUGUCAGGCAACUUCGCUGAGCCGCCAGUCAACGACCCCCGAGUGCUGGAGCUGCAGCAGCUGCUGGCCAGGAUUGCUGCGGCUGCCGCCGCGGCGCCACCCAGUUCACUAGCCCCGCCCGCCAGCAGCAGCUCGCCGGCUCCCCAACCCAGUGGUGCGGCACAGGCGCAGCAGCAGCCGCAUCCACCCAAGGCGGCGGCGGUCGGCAAGGCGGGCGCUGGCGGCUCAGGCUCAGCUGACGGCGCCUCCGCCGCGGCUACCCAGCACUCCAACAGUCUACCCCCCAGCCGGCGGCCUGUGUUCCUGGACUUCAACCGCUCCAUCCGCUCCGUGCUGGAGGCGCUGCAGGACACCUGCACAGUGGAGGCCACCGUGUCUCUGGGCAGCGCCCGCCUGACGCUGCUGGUAGAGGCGACGGACGGCAGCGGCCGGCUGCUGCCCCUGGCCUCCCUGGGCCUGGCAGACCUGUGGCUGGGCUACUAUGCUACCUCCCGCGGUGCCAUGUGCCUCAGCCUGGCGCUGCCCACGCUGCAGGUUGAGGACCUGCGGCCCUCUGUGGCGCCCGAGCUGCGGCUGGUGCUGUCCACUCGCUCCACGGCAGCGGCGGCGCUGGCGUCUGGCGGCGUGGUGUCCUCUGCGGCCCUGACUGUGCCGGCCAUCAGUGGCCUGGACGGCGCCGGCUCCAGCUCCAGCCAGCUGCCUCAGCCGAACCCCUCCCUUCUGACCCUGGAGUACCGCGCCGUGCCAGCCGGCGUGAUGCCGCCUCUGCCGCCCUCCGGCAGUCAGCAGGGAGCCACCAGCAGGGGUGCCGCGCCGCUCGGCGGUCCUGCUGCCUCGGCGCCAUCCGCUGCCUCUGGCCCGGUGGCCCGCAGCCCCGCCGCCACUGCGCUGCGGUUGCGGCUGCAGCGGCCCACCGUGGUGGUGGACUUCAACGGGCUGCUGCUGCGCCUGGUGAACUUCGUAGCCCCCAAUCCCGUGUUCCAGGGCCCGGCGCCGCGACCCUUUGAGACCCGCGACCUGCUGCUGUCGCCCUCCGCCCCCUACCUGGCACAAGGCCGGGACCUGUGGCUGUCGCCCGAGGUGCGGCUACUGGCGGACGCCCCGCCCGCAGCCUUCACAGGGCCACAGGGCGCAGCUGCCGGCAGCGCUCCGGACACUGGCUCCGGCGGCGCCCCCACCACCUACCCGGGCUUCAGCAGCGGCGGCAGCCACAUCCACGUGUAUGAUGGUGGCGGCGGGCGGCUGGUGCUGCCGCCCGCCCUGCCGCCCUCCGAGUUCCUGCCGCUCAUUGUGGUGGGCGCGGGCCGGGCGCUGCAGCUGCGCAAUGUGCGCAUCGUCAACUGCGCCUCGCUGCCGUCGGUGCUGCAGCUGGGCGCGGGGGCGCGGCUGGUGGCACGUGAGGAGGACGGCGUGAAGAUGCUGCUCGCGGCGCCGGAUGCAGACAAGGAGUACGCGGCAGUGCUGGCGGCGGUGGCGGCGGCGGCCGAAGCGGCAGCCGCGGCGUCCGCAGCGGCGACAGUGGCGGGUGGCACGGCAGCACAAGCAUCAGGAGGGACCAGCCUGACAGCGGGCGCCAGUGUGCCGUCACCAAUCUUCGAGGUGGCAGUGGAGGCGCUGGGCGCGGCAAUCCACAUGGUGGGCAGUGACGGCGCCGCUGACGGAGGCCUCGGCGGCCCGGGCUCGGCCGCCGGUGCAUCAGCAAGCCGCGGAGGUUCAGCUGCUGGCAGCUACAGCGCCACCCUGAGCGCUGCUCUAGGCCAGACUGUGGGCUCCGGUUCGUUGGCUGCAGGCUCAGGUGCAGCCGGCGCAAUGGAAGGUGCAGAUGGCACCAGCGCCGUGCCCAAGACGGUGCUCAACCGUAGCACUACUGACCUCGCAGCUGCCGCUGGCGAUACCGGUGACGGCGCUGGGGUGGGCAUGGGACUAGGAUCAGCGUUUGGAGGCGUGGGCGCUGCUGCGGCCACCGCGGCCAUCCUGUCCUCCCAGCGGCUGCGGCGGCGGCUGGUGCUCCAGCUGGAUGUGUCCGCCACCUACCGGGCCGGGGGCAGCGAGCAGGUGGCCGCGGCUCAGUUGCGCGGCCUCACCAUACGCACACUGACCACCUUUGGCGGGACUGAUGUGGGCGGCGGGCUUGUGCGUCCGGCGGCUGGUGUCACCAGGCCAAUGCCGCCCGCCUCCGCACCGCUGUCCAAGACCGACAGCUCGGCCGCCCACCUGCCCGACACGCCGUCAGGAUGCGCAGCACCGGGGCCCCAGCCCAGCUCGUCGCUCCGUGCGCCCCCGCUGCAGCCGCUGCACCAUCUGGAGCACCACCACCGGUCCGCCUCACUGAACACCACAUACGCCGGGCCGGUGCUGCCCACCCGGUCCACUGCCGCCUCCUACUCCGCCGGCGCCGUGGUGGCGUCCGUGUCGGCCAUGCUGCUGGAGCCCACGGACGUGUCCCUGCGCUUCUCCGCCACCGCCGCCUCCACCGACCUGUCCCUGGACUGUUCCAGCCUGUCUCUGCGGCUGUCGCCCGCCGGCCUGCACCUGCUGCUGCAGCUCAACGCCGGGGCCGCCACCCAGCUGGCGGUGGCGCGGCCAGACCAGCCGUUGGCGCGCUGCGACCGCUUCGAGCGCAUGUGGGGCAGCCACGACGCCGGCACCGGCACCGGCUCGGGCGGCGGGGCCACGCCGUUGCGUCUGGAGCUGGGAGUGGGCGGUGUGGACGCCAUGGCCUCGGAGCGCGGCGUGACGGUGUGGCGGCCGCAGCCCCCACUGGGCUAUGUAGCGCUGGGCGACGUGCUGGCGGCGGGCUCGCACCAGCCGCCAAACCAGGUUGCCACAGUAGCCAUAAACAGCGGCCUCAUAGCCUUCCCACUGGGGUUUACACGGGUGUGGGCAUCAGCGCCUGGGUACUCGUCUGCAGCCCCUGCAGCCCCUGCAGCCCCCUCCACGGCGCUCACCACCUCGGCCUCGGCCCCCAUGGCCUCCCACUUCUCCGCCGAUCUGGACACUCGGCUUGGGGCGGAACCGGACGUGUGCGUGUGGCGGCCGGUGCCGCCGCUCGGCUACGUGGCCCUGGGCUGUGUGGUAGGCUACGGGGCCUCGCCGCCUGCACUGGGCGUGGUGGGCUGUGUGGCUGCUGCGGCUGUAGUGGAGUCGCGGCUUGGCGAGCUCCUGCUGCUGGGCGAGGGCGGUGGCGGCAACUGGUGGCGGGUGCAGAACGCGGCUUGCACAUUCGAGGUGUCGGGGGCGCCUGAGGGCAUUGCUGGUGGCGGUGGUGGUGGCUACCUGCCCUCUGUGCCGGUCUACGACCUCCGCUCGCCACUGGGUGUGCCCCCGGCCGCCCUGGUGCCACUGCCUGGGCUGCUUCCCUUCCCCUUUCCCGGCCUCAUCGCCACCGACCACCUGGGCCGACUGGUGGGGAGUGGCGCUAGUGCGGGCAUCCCCACCGCCCUCAGCACGGUGCUGCUGCCGUCGCAAGGCAGUAUGCAACCAGCUGCAGGCGCAUCGGGCGGUAUGCCGAGGCCCGGCACCACCGCAUCUCCCCCGGUGGUGCCCCUGGGUCUGAUGCGUCAGGGCAGUGUGCCGCUGGGUGUGGUGACCGGCAGUGCGCCGCCGCUGUCCCUGCUGUGCCAGCAGCGCUACCUGAGGUCCAGGAGGUCCCAGAUUAGCCGCGCGGUGACCCAGGCCUCCCAGGUGCCGUGUGUGGAGUUCAAGAGGAUUUGGUGGGACAGGAACCUGGCGGGGGCGGGGCCGGCCGCGCCCUCACAGCCGCACAGCCACCUCAGCAUAUGGAGGCCCAGGCCGCCAGCGGGCUACGUGUACCUGGGCGACACGGCAGUCACCGGCAUCUACGCGCCGCCCACGUCGGUGGUGGUGCUGCGGGACAGCGACCCAGCGGCCGCACUCACAGAGGGCCGCCCGCCGCCACUGGCCCGCCCCAUCAACUACGUGCGGGUGUGGCAUGACGAACACCGUGAGCGCCUGGGCGAGGACACGUAUCUGGUGCUGUGGCGCCCGGUGCCGCCGGCAGGGUAUGUGCCGCUGGGGCUAGUGGCGCGAGUGGGACCGGCACCGCCCGAGCCAGGACUGCCCAUCCGCUGUGUACGGGCCGACCUGGUAGCUGCGGACGAGCUGCAGCGCGCCUCCCCCGACUGGUUCGUGCCGGCGCACAAGCAGCGCAUGCCGCUGUGCGGCUGGCUCACGGACCGCCGCACCGGCACCUUCACGGUGGUGGUGCCCACGCCAGGAGCCGGCGGCGGCGCGCCAGCUGCAGAGGGGGGCGGCCCCCGGGCAGCGGCUGCGGGCGGCGUGGGUGCCGGCGGUGUAGGCGCCAUGCUGCAGGUAUACCGCAUGAAGCUGGAUGCGGAUGACGAGGCGCCACAGCCGCCGCAUAGCACACCGUCGGGCCCCGGAUCCGGCAAGGCCCAGGCGUCAGCUUCAAGCGCGUCAGACUCGCCGUCAUUGCCGCCCGUUUCCACCAACCUGGAGCUGCGUCUGGGCCGGGCCGCAGUGACGGUACGCACGAGCCUGGGCCGCCCCCUGCUUGAGCUGGACGUGCGGGAGGCGCGGAUGGGGCUGUGCACACAGGGCCCAGACGUCAGCCGCGGGUUCGCCUUCCUCACCAUGUCCGCCUGGACGCACUCGCCCACCCUGGGCGUGUGGGAGCCGCUGCUAGAGCCCUGGCAGCUGUUGGCUCACGUGGAUGUGAACCGCGCCUCCCGGCCCCGCGGCGGUGUGGGACCGGGCACCUGGGUGCGCUUCACAUCCACACAGGGCUCGGUGCACGUGUCCCUGGCCGCCAGCGCAUUGCGCUCACUGCUGGACGCGCUGCCCGAAUGGAGCAGUCUGACGGGGCCGGAGGGCGUGGCCACGGUGCGGCGGCAGCUGGCAUUUGGUGAGGCACCAGCGAAUGCGCUGGGCGGCCAGGUGGGCAGCAGCGGCGCGGGCGGGCCUGCCCUGCAGCAGGGGCUGGUGACCAACGCACUGGGCUGCGAGGUGGCGCUGCUGACAGACCUCGGCGAUAGACAGGCUGUGUCGGAGCUGGCGCCGGAUGCUGAGGGAGUGCCGGUGCUGCUGGCGCCGCCGCCCGCCGCGUCUGCUGCCGCGGCUGCUGCUGCAGAGAGCCGCGCCACCAACCUGGCGCCUCCUCCAGUGCCCGCCAUCCGGCUGCUGGCUGAUGCGGUGGCCGCGAACGGGCUGUCGCCUGAGCUGAUGGCGGCAGGGGCUCUCAUGGUCCGCAUAAAGGUGAACGGCCCCGCGGCGGAGCUGAUGCCCGAGACCGCCUGGGGCCUGUACACCCGGGCGGUGGAGACGGCCCCGCCUCCACCCCUGCCCGCCCCGGCAGCGGAUGACCCCGAUGAUGCCACGUGUGACACGCCUCGCUCCUCAGCCGAACCCUCUUCGGCUGCCUCGGGAGUGGAGGUGGUGUGGAACGAGCGCUUUAUCCUCAAGCUACCUGUGGAGCUGAGUGAGCAGCUACUGUGCCCCGCGCCUGGAGACAACCAGUUUGCCGGUGUCCCGCUGCAGCUGGACGUGUCUCUGCUGGCAUGUGGCUCCGCGGGCGGGCCGCCCCGUGUGGUGGCUGCCGGCACCCUGCCGCUGCAGUCCGACUGGUUGACCAACGAGGUGGACAUCCUGCGCAACACGGCGGCUGCAGCAGUGGCAGCCGCCACAGCGGCCGGCAUGGCGGCCCCCCUGCUCAACGAGGGCGGGGUCAUCAACUCGGCCGCUGCUACCGGCGGCGCCACCGGCUCCGUGAAGCCACCCCAGCCCUCGUCCGUGAGCGAGACGCUGGAUGUGCCCCUGUACCUGGUCACUGUGCAGUCCGGCAGCAGCAGGCAGCCCCGCACGCAGCAGCUCCAGCAGCGGCAGGCGCUGGGCAAGGACCGGGGGCCGCAGGAGUCCAUGGCGCUCAAGCUGCGUCUCAGCCUGGACGUGCAGCAGGUGGACAGCAGUUGGGCGCCCUUCCUGUCCAAGUCAAGGCGAGGCCGGCCGGGUGCCGGGGGAAGCGCAGCGUCAGCAGCGCUCAGCGGGGCGGGUGGGGCCUCGUCUGCGGUUGCUGCGGCCGCUGCUGCGCGCGGUGGGCGACGGGCUAUCCGGCUGGCGGGUAGUGAUGUGUGGGUCCCGUUCAACCAGACAGGCGGCAUCAUCACGGCGGGUCCGGGUGGUGACACGCUUCAGGCAUCAAACACGGUGCCCAUCCGUGCUGGCCCCGGCCUGGUGCUAGAGCGCACCCCGGGCCCUGGCGGCCAGCCCCUGGAGCUGCUUCGCUCGCUGGCUGUCCUGCACAACUGCACCAGUGUGCCCCUGGAGGUGGCGCUGAUGGCGGGAGACCCCGAGGUGGCCAGCUGGAUGCUCCUGGCGGACACACCCGCGUCCACGUCAUCAGCCCCAGGCCGUGGAGCUACAGGCAGCAAGGGGUCCCGUGCCGGCCCGCCUGCAGCCGCCGCUCCUGCCCCACCGGCUGGCAGCCUGGCGCCCGUGGAUGAGGAGGUGUAUGAGAACCAGCGCUACAUGCCGCUCAGGGGCUGGGGCGCGGGCAACCUGCUGCCUACGGAGCGCAAGCGCUACAGCCGUGCCGGUCACAGCUACAGCACCUUCCCGCUGGUGCCGCUGCCGCCGGGUUGGGAAUGGGAGGGGCCGUGGCAGGCCGAGACAGCGGGCCAUGUGGACCGCGACGGCUGGUUCUAUGCCCUGGACUGGCCGCUGCUGAGGUACCCGCCCACGCCGGAGCAGGCGCGGCGCAAGGUGACCGACCUGGUGCGGCGGCGCCGCUGGUUGCGGCGACGACGCUGGGUGGGUCUGGCCGGCCGCGGCAGGCUGGACAGCGCUGCCCGGCGGCUGCUGGGCACUGUGCGCCCCGGUGAGCGGCUGCCGCUGCCGCUGGGCUGGGAGGCUGAGGGCGUGGAGCUGCAGGUCCGGCCGGUGCUGGAGCUGCCGGCGGAGCCCACUGAGCUGCAGCUGCCGCCGAGGAACCCGGCAAGCGCGGGGCCAACGGGCGGUGACACAGGCGGUGGCGGCGGUGGUGGCCACGACAUGACUGUUGCGGAGGUCAAGGCAGUGCACGAGUGGAGCUGCGGCCCCACGGGCCAGAGCGGCCUGCUCAUGACGUGCAUGGACGAGGGCGGCGCCCGCCUGCUGUGCUGCAGGACCACUGCGGUGCCGCAGCAGGGUGCGGAGGAUGGCGCCGGCCCGAUGCAGGCUGGGGCGGUAGGGCCAGCAGCUGCGGCAGCAGUGGCCGCGGCUGCAGCAGGCGGCGCUGCGUCCGCCAGUUCCGCUGCCAACAGUGCGUUUGCGGACCUGGCCACAAUGGCACCGCUGUCCGCGGACAUGGCUGUGGCUGCGGGGCAGCAGCAGGGCAGGCAGGGCGAGUUGGACCCGGGUCAAGCCGCCUGGCUGAGCGUGAGCCUGGAGUGCGAGGCGCUGGUGGCCACCCGGGCGGGCCUUACCGCGGCUGAGGGGGGCGCUGGUGCGCCAGGCGGCCUGGACACCCUGGUGGACUGGCGCCUGGUGGUGCGGCCGCCCCUCACACUGCACAACACACUGCCUGUGACAGGUCGCUACGUGGUGUGGGAGCGGCCGCGCACGGGUGGUCCGCUGCGUGUUCGGCAGCAGGGCCGUGUAGCUGCAGGUGCCACUGCGCCCGUCUACACCGCGGACAUGCGCAUGCAGGUGUUUCUGUCGUUUGCGCCUGACGGCUGCGAGUAUGGCGAGGCGGAGCCAGUGCUGCUGAGCGACGGCUUUAUGCGCAAUACGGCGGGGGUGGCAGCCGCGGCGCGACUGCCCGAUGGCUUCCGCUGCACCUACACGCAUUCUGCCUCCUUCACUCCGCUGCGUAUCAACCUUAUCCGCGACGUCGAUACCUCCGCCGCCUCGGGGCCCCUGGCCUCACUCAGCGUGGCUGCUCGCAACCCUGCCGCUGCGGCCGCCAACACAUCUGGCGGUGCGGCGCCGGCACCCGGCGAGGCCGUGGCCGGCGGCUACCCGCUGACUGUGUCGCUGCACGUGCCGCUGUGGUUCGUCAACGCCAGCCAGCUGCCGGUCAGCUGCGGCGUCAUGGCGCUGGCAGUGGAGCAGGAGGCAGGCGGGCCAGCACGGUCGGAGGACUCAGCCAUGGGUCUGCCGCGGUUUGGGCCAGCUGUCAACGACCAGGUCCUGCGCAUCAUCGACACCGAGGCCUUCCGCAACUCGCCCCGACCCAACGGCGCCGUGUCGGUGCUGCCGCGCUCACUGGAGCUGCUGUCCUACCCACCCGGACUGCCCAACAGCAUCAUCUACGGCCCGCCACCCAGCCAGGAGGCCGGCAACGCGGCUGUGCAAGUGGCCAUCCUGCUUUCCAUCAACGGCUCGCGCUGGACACAGCCCAUCUACUUGCCGCGACCUGGGGAGCAGGCGCAGCCGUCCAAGCGGGGUGUGGGUGGCGUGCUGCUGCCCAAUGACCGCAUGCUCAUCCGCGCGCUGGCCAAGGACGGCUGCAUUCACGAGGUGGCUCUGCGCCUGGAGCCCGCGCCGCUGUCCAUAGUGGCGGCCGGAGCAGGUCCCGGGGCAGCUGGGGGCGGGGGUGCGGGAAGUGCGGGCGCCACCCUGGUGCGGCUGGACCACCACCUGGUGCUGGCCAACAGCUGCGGCUACCCGCUGACACUGCUGCAGCCCGAUGCGGCGGCGGCGGAGCGGGACCGGGACCGGACACAGUCAAGCCAGUCGCGCGCCUACGGCGGUUCAGCGGCCGCGCAGCGCUCGGGAGCCGCUCCUGCACGCAAUAACACAGCGGCAACCGCAGUCGGGCUCACACCGGCCUUGACGCUGCAGCUACCUCCAGGUGCGCUGGGCAGUCCGGUGCACUGGGCCGCUGCCGCCGCUGGCCGCCGCAAGUUCUGUCUGGCGCUGCCUCUGGCUGGCGAGACGGCUGCGUCCGCCUCCGCCUACGGGCUGCCGGCCAGUGUGAUGUGGAGCGAGCCCAUCAAGGUGGACCUGCCCGGCGGCCAGGACACGCAGGUGGCCAUCCCGGUGUACUGCCUGGGUCCGGUGGGGCGCUACCACUCGGCGCACUCGUCCAGCCCAGCCGCGGGCGCCAUGGCGACCAUGGCCGCCCUGGCCAACAUGACGCCGCAGCAGCAAAGGGCGUUUGAGCUGCAGAGGGCGCACGUCGUGGCCAGGCAGAUGUUUGCAGGGCUGGUAGGCGGCGAAAGCACAGGCCACGGGAGUGGCAUGGACCGCGCCGGGAGUGCUGGCAAGGGCCCGCAGCCGCAGGGCAGCGGCGGCACGGGUAUGCUGCUGGGUCCGGGUGUGGGGCCUGGCCUGGCGCUGUUGUCGCAGGGCAGCGACAGGAAGGAUGCCAAGAAGGACCACGAGGAGCAGCAUGCCGCCGCCCGGGGCCCGUCACGGCCGGCCCUGGAGCCCAACCUGGUCCGGCUGGUCAAGAGCACUGACAUCGGCAGCGUGGAGUUUUUGGCUGUGCUGCUUAACGUGCGUGUGGUGAUCCGGGCGCCCGGUUGCCUGGUGCUCUGGGCGGCCUCACUGGGCGGCCUGCCGCAGCAGCUUAUCACCAACGCCUCGCCGCUGCCGCUCAUGUGGCGGCAGUCGCACCCGCGGGCAGCAUGGGCACGUGUGGAGCCCUACAGCGCUGUGUCGGUUUGCAGGGGCGUGCUGGGCGAUGGGUGGGGCUCGCCACCCGAGGUGGAGGUGCGCGACACCGAGCCCCAGAGCGAGAACAUGCUGCUUCUCACCUUUGACACCGCCUCGACUUCCACGACAAGCGCUGGCGGCCCGUCGGUGCGGGGCGCCGGCGUGACUGGUCCGCUAGGUGCCGGAGCCGCGGGUGACAGCGGUCGGGCGGUUCUGGCAGGCAUGCUGCGUGUUGGCGCCAACCACCGCGAGCUGCUGGCUCAGGUGGCGCCCGCACUGGAGCUGGUGCUCACCCCUGACGGCCUCAACAACCUGCCGGGAGGCGGAGCGGCAAACCAGGGGCUGGGCGCGUGCCGUCUUGAUGCAGCGCUGAGGAUCGCGCCGGCUCCGCCGCCCAUUGGCCCAGCGGGUGCCGGGCCCCGCGCUCCCACGUUCACAGGGCCUUACCUCACGCCAGCUGCCCUGGCCGGCGUGUCUCGCAACAACCGGGGCGCGGUUGCGGGCGCUGGUGCCGGCGGGGCAGCGGCUGCGGGUGGCGUGGGUCUAAACAGCAGUGUGCACCUUAGCCUGGAGGUGGGCAGCCUGGAGCUCAGCCUCAUAGAUGGGCGGCCGGAGGAGAUCGCGGUGCUCACGCUGGACGGGCUGGGUGUGGAGGUGUCCACGGGGCGGUCGGCUGGCUCGUACGACUUCUGGGAGCUGGGGCUCAAGGUGCGCGGCGUGCAGCUGGACGACCAAACGCCCGGCUCAGCCUACCCGGUGGUGCUACAGCCGCUGGACACAACCGCGGCGGCGGCGGCGGCGCGGGCGGGCAGCGGCGAGUGCAUGUUCGCGCUGUCCUAUUGCUGCCAGCCCGGUAAGAUGCGCUACGCUCUCAACUGCCCCAUCAUCGCCGCCCGCCUCCUGCCUCUGCGGGUGUCUCUGGCUGAGCCGCUGGUGUGGCGGCUGUAUGGGCUUGCGCUCAGCAUCGCACCGCCCGCGCCCGCUGCCACAGCCAGUGCAGUGCAGCCGCGCGGAGGCGGCCGACACCAGGUGUCGGCCAGUGACAUGCCGCUCGCCAUUGACCUGAUGUGGGUGGAGGACCUCAGCCUGCGCCUGUCCUUCCGCACCGACGCCUCCAGCCGCCCCCGCUGGGCCAGUGGCGGCUUCAUCCGCCUGGGUCUGGACCUGGCGCAGCUGGAGGACCUCGCGCUGGUGCUGCCGGGUAUCGAGCUGGAGCGCGUGAGGAUGCCGCGCUCCCUGCUGCUGCAGCAGGUCUUCACGCGGCUACAGGACCGCCUGUUCUCCAUCGUUCUGGCGGUCCUGCGCAAUUACGGAGUGGUGGGCGGCCUCAGCAAGGUGCUGGCCGUGUCGUCACAGGCAGCAGCGACACUUGCAGCGGACGGUGGGGGCAGCGGCUCGGCCCGUGGCGGCGCGGCCGGGGGUGCAGCUGGUGGUGGUGGGGGCGGUCCGGCCAGUGGCAGCGGCGAGGUCCGUAACCUAGGUUCCGGUGUGGUGGAGGGCGGCCGCGCCAUCGCCCGCGGGCUGCUGCAGGGUGCCAUGGGCAUCAUCACAAAGCCCGUGGAGGGCGCGGAGCAGGGUGGGGUGGCGGGCUUCUUCGAAGGACUCGCCAAGGGCAUCGUCGCUGCGCCUGUGAGCGUGGUCAGCGGCACUCUGGCUGCCGCAAGCAAGGUGACGGAGGGUGUGGACGCCACGACGCGGAAUUUACGGGGUGCUGCAGCCACGGCUGUGGGCGCCAAGAAGCUGGGUGCUGCACGCAAGCGACUGCAGCGUGCCUUCACAGGCGACAACAUCCUGCGCCCCUUCAACUUGCACCCAGCACUAGGCCAAGCGCUGCUCUACUCAGUCGCGGUGUGGCUGGGUGGCCCAAAACCCGGCGGGUCGGCCGCAGGCGGCAGAGCUACCGCUGCAGCACAGUUCGGUACUUCGCCUUCCAUGUCCGCAGGGAGCGGCCGUUCCAUGAUUGGUACCGCUAUCAGCUCCACCAUCAACAGCACCAUAGGCGCCCUGCCUGUGCACAGCCUGAUGAGCAUGAGCGGUCGCGCCAGCGGUCGGCCUGACCUCCGGCUGGACCGCUAUGAGGAGCACUGGGUGCUGCCGGGGUCCGUGGUGCUCAUGAUUACCGACCGGCGAGUGCUCGCCAUGCAGGCGCCGGAGUUUGUGGCACUGCAGUCAGCUGUCCUGUCCGGUGAGACCACCCAUGUGACGGACGUGCCUGUGGGCGACGCCAUGGUGUUGUGGCACCUGCCAUGGCCAGACAUGCUGUCUGCGGAGCUGGCGUGGCACAACAGGACGCCUUCCACAGCCGGCGCCAGCAACCCUGCAGGCAGCAGGUCGGCGGCUUCAGCAGCAGCAACCUCUGUCGCUGCAGCCAACCCGCCCGUGGGCGCUGGUGGCGGCUCUGUGGCGAUGCCGGCUGACGGGCUGCUGCUGCACCGCAAGUACAGGGCGGAGGACGAGCAGCUGCUGUACGAUGUGCGCUGCAGGCCCGGGACCUCCCAGGCGGCGGAGGUGCUCUCGCGCCUCCAGGAGGUGCGCUACCGCUGCUAUGUGCUGGCGCGGCAGCAGGAGCGCGGCUGGCGGGACAACCAGAGCAGUGUGGGCGUGUCGCCGGUGGCAGCAGCACUGGCGGCAACGGCGAGCGGGCACCCAAGCAGUGGCACUAGGACCACAGCUGCUAGCGGUGCGGGCGGCAGCAUCUUGCCAGACACCAUGAUCAGCCAGGAGUUCAAGCUGGUGUGGCGCUCCCCAAGCACCCGGCUGGCCAGCAGCCGCGCAGUGUCCUUCUGGCGGCCAGUGGGGCCUCCGGGCUAUACAAUGCUCGGGGACGUAGUGGUGUUGGGCCGCGACCCGCCACCGCGGCCUGUGCGCAUGUACAAGGACGCACCAGCUCUGGCUGCUGCUGCCGUGAAUGCCAGCGGCAGUGGUGAUGCGCCAGCCUCGGAGGGCCCCCGCUUGGCGCCUCCUGUAGGCUGGACCCUGGUGUUCCGCGACAGCUCGCAGCCACCGCUGACGCUGUGGCGACCGGUGGCCCCGCGCGGGUACGUGGAGAUGGGGUGCAUCGCCUGGCCGGAGAUUGAGGAGCCACCGCUGGGCCUGGUGCGCUGCUUACGGCGGGACCUUGCGGCUCCAGGGCGGGUCUUCGAGAGCGCAGUCUGGGGAGCUGCCAGCUCGGACAAUAGCUUCUGGCGUGCCAGUGUGUGGCAGGUGGAUGCGGCUGCAGGCACGUUUGUCGCGGUGAAGGGCGAUGCAAAGCCGGCACCCGCGCUGGUGAGGGAGGCGGUGUUCUAACUCGGUUGGGUGUGUACGUCAACUGCCGCGGCAGGUGCAAGCCUUGCUGCCCUGAUUGAUUGUCCGCCAUUGUCGCGAAUCGCUUGGAAACUGGCCAUGCAGCGUAAGUUGGUGCAUAUAAUUGUUGCAAGUCUUUUGCGUUUUGAUUAACACUUGUACCGGUGUAAAGCAACAAUGCAAACCUCGGUUGUAAUCCUGAUAUGAU